AUGCCUCUGCAACUGCUCCUACUGGUGACCCUCCUGGGCCUUGGCAGCAGCGUCUGGUCUCCAGUGGUGUGGGAGGACGGAGCCAAGGAGACCUUGAGUCUGCUGCUUGCCCGGGGCCGGAGGCAGGUGCCCUUGACCGAGGACCCAGACUUUGACGAGGAUGUCGACUAUGUCCAGGAAGGUACGGACCCCCCAGAAAUGCUGGAAGAGAGCUCCUUGGCUGAGACCCUCAGCCCCAAGCCUCUGACCUUGGUGGGGACAUCGGAGCAGAGUGGUCCUGCAGGACCUGGAACCUCUGAUGCAACGUCUGUGGAACUGAUCACAAGAGACCCUGCUGGUCUGAGCACAGGACUGGCUGAUCAGGGGAGUCCUGAUACACAGACCCCUGCCAUCCUUCCCACCUCAGACACCCCACCCAUGGGGCCUGUCAUCAGGGCGACUUUGUCCACACUGCCCUCAGGGCUGGAAACCACAGAGGCCCUCCCCACAACGCCAGCUGCCACAGGAGCCCCGACCACCAUGGUCCUGGUCACCACAGAGUCAGCCACCUCUGAACCAGCCACCACAGAACCAGCCACCACGGAGACCCUGCCCACCCUGCCUGUAGCGAGGGAAGCCUCCUCCACAGAAUCCACAGCUUCAGGGUCCAUGGAGCCAGUAGCCACAACGGCCACACAAUCUGCUAACACAAGGGCUCCGGUGACAACCUCCCUUCCUGUGGCCGCCGCUCCUCAAAGCAAGACCACCAUGGCCGCCAGACAGUCAUUUGCUGUCAGCAUCAGGCAAUGGGAGAACAAGCAGGGCCUGAGCCCCAGGAGCUCCGCGACCCCCAGCCCCACAGGAAUCCCAGACAGCAUCCCCGUGAAACAAUGCCUGCUGGCCAUCCUAAUCUUGGCCCUGGUGGCCACUAUCUUCCUCGUGUGCACCGUGGUGCUGGCUGUUCGCCUCUCACGCAAGAACCACAUGUACCCCAUCCGCAGCUACUCCCCCACUGAGAUGGUCUGCAUCUCCUCCCUGCUGCCUGAAGGAGGAGAGGGGCCCAACACCUCAGCAGCCAAUGGCGGUCCCCCCAAUGCCAAGAGCCAGGGCCAGAAGCCUGAGGAGCCUAGGGAGUCACAUGAUGGGGAUGACCUAACCUUACGCAGCUUCCUCCCUUAG